AUGAACUUUGGUAACUACGUGCUGGAUCGCGAUGAGCUGGUGGAGGCCCAAGCCCCCGAGUAUGACGUGGUGCUCUGCCUCAGCCUCACCAAAUGGGUGCAUCUGAACUGGGGAGAUGAGGGGCUGAAGCGCAUGUUCCGCCGCAUCUACCGGCAUCUACAUCCAGGGGGCAUCCUGGUCUUAGAGCCCCAACCUUGGUCGUCCUAUGGCAAGAGAAAGACGCUCACGGAAACAAUCUAUAAGAACUACUAUCGAAUCCAGCUGAGGCCGGAGCAGUUCAGCUCGUACCUGACAUCCCCAGAGGUGGGCUUCUCCAGCUAUGAGCUUGUGGCUACACCCCACAACACCUCCAGAGGCUUCCAGCGCUCUGUGUACCUGUUCCACAAGGCCCGUUCCCCCAGCCACUAAGUGGCCCCCUGAACAGAAAGUGUGAAGAAGCUGCCCACUGUUCUUAAGGAUCUGGGGGAAAGGGAAAGUAUCCCAGAGUCUUUCCUUUUGGGCUCCAAAAAGAGUUUCCUUUCAUGGAUCUGCAAAGAAAGCUUUUCCUAUGUUGCUGCCCCAGCCUCCUCCCUACACGUCUGGCACCCUAAGCAGCAAGCCCAGCUGUGCUGGAGUCACCAACAUCUUCCUCUCUCCCCCAGCUCACCGGGCUGGAUGGCAUGGACUGUUUGCUGACCUCUGUUCUCCUAAGGGUAUGGGAGGUGGGGGGGUAUCAAGUUCUCUGGCCUCUUCCUCCUGUUCUCCAAAGGAGAUUUCCGUUUCUCCUCAGCCCUUGUCCCUAGCUGCGUUUCAGCGGACCACAGAUAGAUGGACUGAGGGUUAAGAGGGGGAAGUCUGGCAGGGAGGCAUGCAGGUACUGUGAAAAUCCUUCCCUCUGCUGACCCCCACCGGGAGGGGGGGUUGGGUUUGGAAUGUAAGAACAGCACAAUAAAUUUGAUGUUUAGGGCAGCGGCCCCCACA